CCUAGACCCCAGUGUUAUGCAAAUCAGGUCGAGAGUCAAAAUGGAGAUGUCUUGGGAAGUUCUACAAGUUCCGCCAGAAAUUGAGCAUUCCACAGCUCAACAAAAUACUACAACGGAAGAGACGACCUCAACAGAGGAUCCUUUAGAUAAAUCAAAGAAACAAUCAGCUACACCAAAGCUCUGUGGUUUCUUAAACAAGCAAGGAGAAAAGGGACUGAUCAAAACAUGGAAAACAAGGUGGUUUGUUUAUGAUGAAAGACGAUGUAGGUUAUACUACUAUCGGACACCACAGGACUGCGUUCCUUUAGGGUCUAUUGACCUUGGAAAUGCUACCUUCUCAUUUGAAGUUGACCCAACUGCUGAAAGGCUUAACAAGUUUGACAUAUGUACUCCAGCAAGGGACUACCAUCUGCAGGCCAAAGACAAGCAGACAAUGAUGUUCUGGCUUCAGGAAUUGCAGACUAGAAGAAGGGAGUAUAGCAAGAGGAGGACUCAUAUGGCUGUUCAGAAAAGAGAAGAUGUCACUUCAGUUUUGUUUCCCACUGAAGGACUGAUUGGAGAGGACGCUAACAAUGCAGAAGAAACGGAUGACAGCGAAGCUCCUGAGGUUCAGCACAAAGUCAUGCAAGUCGUGCCUCCCCCGGAAACUGUAGGGGAAGAAGCAGCUCUAAAGUCGCCUUCAGGAGGGGGCAUGUUUAAUAUUUCCUUCAACAACAUCAAAACUGAGUUUAGGAACAUGAGUGCAAAGAGAUUCUCAUGGAAUCCUGCACAGACGGCAGGAGUAAACUUCUCGUCUCAAUUCCACGAAGAAGACGCGAAGAAAGAGAGAGAGACAAAACAGCAACAGGGUGUUCCAUCUGGGACUUCCAUCCCACCGCCUUCACAACCAGCUCCGUCAAAUAGGAAUUCCGUAUGUUUACCGCUGUCCCAGAGACGAUUUACGGGAUCAAUGAAAUCCCGCCAUGAGAUAUCACGUGUUACCCCUAAUGCGACAGAGAAGACUUCGACACUAAAAAGGAUAAUGUCUGCUAAAAGUGGAUCAAGUGACACUUCUCAGUUCAAAUGCCAGGAAUGUGAAAAGCUCCGCUCCGCUUUGGAUACUGCUGAGGGUCAUUUGGUAUCUGCACGGGAGGAGAUCAACGUCCGUCAAGAAGUGAUUCUUAAUCUUCAUGAAGUGUUGAGACGAUUUCAACUGGAAAAAGGAGAUAGUUUACAAGGCGAUCCAAAAAAACUUGAGGAGGAAUUGGAAAGCAAGACCGAUUACAUAUCUAAGCUUGAAUUACAGAUAGGACAAUUAGAGAAGGACAAAGAGAAACUUCAAAGACAAAAGGACAAAGAGCUUUGCGAACUGAUGGAGCAGAUACAAAUGUAUCGAGAGAUGACAGCGGUUAAAGACCAAGUAGUGGUGUCACUUACCAACCAACUUCACAAUCUCGAGGUUGGUGUCGAGGAGCAUCCAGAAAGUCCUACUAGACCAGACGCAGAGGGACCAUUAGAGCAUAGCGUUGAGGACAUUGAGGCUAUGAGCCACAUGAGAGAGUCUCUCCAAGCAUAUCAGCUUCAGAACAGAUUCCUUAACAGCGAGAUCCUGGAGCUGAAUAGGCUCCGACUGGACGAUGACGAGAGAUUAAGGGCGCUCACAAUCAAACUCGCAACGGCUGAAGCCGAGACGUGUAAAUACAAGAGCAAGUACUUUCUGGUCCUUCGUGAGCUCCAAAGACCGAAAGAUUCAGAUUCCGGAGGACAGGAACCAGAUAUCAUCGAACAGCUUGUACAGGAUGCCAUGGAUAGCGAAUCAGCGGACACGGCCACCCUGUCACGCACAGUUAUCGCUCCCCAUGAUCGCUGGGGCUUUGUCCAGAGACUUGAGAGCAACGACGAGGAGGCCUUUUUGUCAAUGGCUCAUCAGCUGGACCGAAGAUCUGGAGAGAUUAAGACGAAUAGCGAAAGCCAAGACAUUUCGAACGGUGUGAAGUGGGAGAACUACAUGAUGGCACACAAAAACAGGGAUUUCCAGAAAACGAUGGAGCUGAAGUCUAUGGUCCGGGGUGGAAUCCCGAACGAGUAUCGAAGUCAGAUCUGGCGACAGUGCAUCAACCACUUCGUACGUGGAACCAAAAGCAUGGCUGGACCCAAUUACUACGCUCACUUGCUCGACUCCAUCGCCUCUAACAUUAAAUUCUCGCCUGCUACCAAGCAGAUAGAGCUGGAUCUUCUGAGGACGCUACCGAACAAUGUGCAUUAUAAUAAACCGGAUGCCAAUGGGAUUGGGAUGCUGCGAAAUGUACUGAUGGCUUACAGCUGGCAUAACCCUGAAGUAGGCUACUGCCAGGGUCUCAAUCGUUUGGUCGCCAUCGCAAUGCUGAUUCUCAAGGAGGAGGAAGCUUUUUGGUGUCUAGUGGCUAUUGUGGAGCACAUCAUGCCGAAGGAUUACUUUUCAAGGACCUUGCUCGCAGCACAGGCAGACCAGCGUGUCCUCAGAGAUCUUCUGAUGGAGAAACUGCCCAGGCUUUACACACACUUUGAGAAUGUAAGGGUGGACCUGUCUCUCAUCACUUUCAACUGGUUUCUCACAGUGUUCAUCGACAGCUUUCCCAUACAGACCAUCCUGCGGGUGUGGGACACCUUUCUGUACGAAGGCAACAAGGUACUCUUUCGUUACGCGCUUGCUGUCUUCAAAAUGAACGAGGAAGAACUUCUCAAGAUUGAAGAUCAUGCGGGAAUAUUUAACUACAUGAGACAAGUGCCGGAGAGGAUAGGGGACCAUAACCUACUUUCACAGAUUGCAUUCCAGGGCCUGAACCCCUUCCCAAUGCAAAAAAUCCGAACAAAGAGGAACUUCUACCUCGGAGUCGUCAAGGGUGAGCUCGAGGAACUGGACCGACUCCGUAAUGAUUACGUCAAUAGCAGAAACGAGGAGGAUGUAUUGAGCGAGGGGGAGGACUAAGAACGAGUCCGUUUUAAUCACAGGGAGUCCAUUAUCAUCAAAGUGUGGCAUAUUAUUAGGGACUAUCAGUUGCAGUCAUAUGCCCAAUUGUUGUAUUAUUAAUUACAUCUGGGAAAGUGAGACUUUAGAAUUUUUCUGAAAUGUUGUGAUACUCCAACUUUCAACUUGUGACUUUGUAAAAGACCAAUUUCGAUUGUUCUUGUUGAAAUAAUUAAGAACUUCGAUAUGAUUUAUAUCGAAAUAAGAAUACAUAGUGUCGAAUAUUUUCACUUGUAUAUACAAUUGAAUUGUCAUAUAACGUGCAGAAAAUCAAAUAAAAUAACUCUGAGAUUAA